AUGGUUUUCAAAUCCAAGCAAGCCGAUAUCUCCUACCCGAAAGACCAGACCAUCUGGCAGUGGCUCUUUGAAUCCGGCCCGGCUCUAGAAGCCUCCGCCUCCCCUUCCCUUCCUCUGGCGCCGCCAGCCGGCUUCACAGAUGUCACCACCAGGCGGCACCUGACCUUCCACCAGGUCCGGCGGUACGCCACGCAUCUCUCCUCUGCGCUGGUCCGGUCCUGCGGCCUGCACCCCGGCGACGUCACCGUCGUCUUCAGCAAGAACUCGCUCUACUUCCCCGUCGCCGCGCUCGCCGCCGUGCGCGCUGGCGGCAUCGCGUGCGGCGCGUCUCCCGAGUACACCGCCGACGAGCUCGCCCACACGCUGCGGCUGAGCCGCGCCCGCUUCCUCCUCGCCGGGCCCGAGGUCGUGGGCACGGCGCUGGCGGCCGCCGCCGCGUGCGGGCUGGCGCGCGAGCGUGUCUUUCUGAUCGACGGCCAGCGCAGCGACGUGCAGAGCGUCGACGAGCUGAUCGUGCAGGGCAGCAAGCUCAGUUCGCAGGUGCCGGCAUGGAAGCUGCCCCCAGGCAAGACAAACGGCGAGAUCUGCGCGUACUUUGGCUUCAGCAGCGGUACCACCGGCCUACCCAAGGCGGUCAUGAUCUCGCACGCCAACGUCAUCGCGCAGUGUUUGCAGAUGCAGGCUGUCACGCCGCCCGACCACGACAAAUUCCUGGCCGCGCUGCCGUUCUACCACAUCACUGGCCUCAUCCACCAGUUCCACCUCCCCAUACUCCUCAACGCCAACGUGUACGUCGUGCCCAAGUUCACCCUCGACGUUGCCCUGGGCACCGUCGUCGAGUACAAGAUACGAGAGGUCCUCUUCGUCCCGCCCAUCAUCAUCCGGCUCGUCCGCGAACCCGAGCUGGUGGGCAAGUACGAUCUCUCGCAUGUCCGCCGCUUCUCCUCUGGGGCCGCGCCGCUCUCUCAGGAGAUCCUGACCGCUCUCGAGGCAAAGUUUCCAGGAACCGGGUUCAAGCAGGCUUACGGCAUGACCGAGUCUUGCUCGGUGCUCACCACGCAUCCCGUAACGAAGUACGACUACAAGUACGCAUUCAAGGUCGGCCAGCUGGUGGGCUCAACGGAGCUACGCAUCGUGGAUCCAAACACGAGACAGGACUGCGGCAUAGACACUCCGGGAGAGCUCUGGGCGAGGGGUCCGCAAGUGACAAUGGGCUAUCUGGACAACCCAAAGGCAACGGCCGAAACCUUUGACGCGGAAGGAUACCUCCACACGGGCGACAUCGGGAGCAUCGAUGCUGAGGGUUUUGUUUCCAUCACAGACCGAAUCAAGGAUAUGGUAAAGGUCAAGGGUAUCGGCGUUGCUCCAGCAGAACUGGAGGACUUGCUUCUCGGUCACCCCUUUGUCAAAGAUACUGCUGUCUGCGGUAUUGCCGACGACCGCGCUGGCGAGCGCCUCAAGGCGUACGUGGUGCUACAGGAUAACGCGCCGUCGUCCGAGGAAGCCGGCAAGGCACUCAUCGAUUUUGUAAGAUCAAACAAGGCCAAGCACAAGUGGAUCGUCGAGGUUGAAGUAGUCAGUGUCAUCCCCAAGAGUCCGGCGGGCAAGAUUUUGAGACGGAAGCUUCGGGAUAGAUCUGCGGUCGAAUCCAUUGCCGUGGUUCGAGAGACCGGACCACCGGCCAAGUUGUAG